GCGGUUGUACCUUAAACUAACUUAGUCAAAAGUCAAAACCCUAAAAAUUAUAAAAUCUCUCUUUUAACCCCUCUUUCAGUUUUCGCCUCUGGUUCGUUCGCGCUGCUUCACUCCGCUGCCGCCUUCUUCUAUCUCCAACUACCACCAUGGGUAAGAAAAACGGCGCCGUUUCAGCCAACGAACCAGUCGACGAACAACAAACCAAUAACAACAACAACAACAGCGAACUCAAAUCUUCGAAGAAGAACAAAAAGAACAAAAACAAACACGAAGAAAACACUCCCAAAAGAAAGCACGAAGAACUCAAUCAUCAAAACGACGCCGAAUCGGAGAAGAAAAGUAAGAAGAAGAAAAAGCACAACAAAUCAGAUGAAAAUGAAUCAGCCAACGGUGUUGAGACGGUUACUGCAUCUGAUGAACCGAUUACGGUUACUGGAAAGAACGCUGGAGAUGAGAAAUAUGCGGCGGUUAAAACUUUUGUUGGUUCGGGACUUCCUGAUAAUGUGCUUGAAUGUUGUAAGGGUUUUGAGAAACCUUCUCCGAUUCAAUCACGAGCUUGGCCUUUUUUGUUGGAUGGUCGUGAUUUGAUUGGAAUUGCCGCUACUGGUUCAGGAAAAACACUUGCUUUUGGACUACCAGCUAUUAUGCAUGUUUUGAACAAGCGGAAGAGUAAGGGUUCUUCCAAGGGUCGAAAUCCUCUUUGCCUUAUGCUCUCUCCGACAAGGGAGCUAGCUCAACAAAUAUCAGAUGUAUUGUGUGAUGCUGGUAAGUCUUGUGGCGUGGAAUCAGUUUGUUUGUAUGGUGGAACCUCGAAAGGACCACAAAUCUCUGCACUCAAAUCUGGCGUUGAUAUUGUCAUUGGAACCCCUGGUCGUAUUCAAGAUCUUGUUGAAAUGGGUAUCUGUCGUCUACAAGAAGUAUCUUUUGUGGUACUUGAUGAAGCAGAUCGGAUGCUUGACAUGGGUUUUGAGCAAAUAGUCCGCUCUAUACUUGGUCAGACAUGUUCUGCUCGUCAAAUGGUUAUGUUCAGUGCUACAUGGCCGUUAGCAGUUCAUCACUUAGCUCAGGAAUUUAUGGAUCCCAACCCUGUUAAAGUUGUUGUAGGGUCAGAGGAUUUAUCUGCCAAUCAUGAUGUCAUGCAGAUAGUUGAGGUAUUGGAUGAGCGUUUACGUGAUAAGCGCCUGCUUGCUUUACUAGAAAAAUACCACAAAUCUCAAAAGAAUCGAGUAUUGGUUUUUGUUUUGUACAAAUUUGAAACCACACGAGUUGAAAAAAUGCUUCAACAAGGGGGUUGGAAAGCGGUGUCAAUAAGUGGUGACAAAUCACAGCAUGAGCGCACAAAGGCACUAUCAUUAUUCAAGAAUGGAAGCUGUCCUUUGAUGAUUGCUACUGAUGUGGCUGCACGAGGAUUGGACAUUCCAGAUGUGGAAGUAGUGAUCAACUUUAGUUUUCCUCUAACUCUAGAAGAUUAUGUUCAUAGAAUUGGGCGGACUGGACGAGCUGGUAAGAAAGGUGUUGCCCAUACAUUCUUCACACACGCAAAUAAGGGACUUUCUGGGGAGCUUGUGAAUGUUUUAAGAGAAGCAGGACAAGUUGUGCCAGACGAUCUUUUGAAAUUUGGCACACAUGUAAAGAAAAAGGAGUCCAAGCUUUAUGGGGCUCACUUCAAGGAAAUUCCUGUUGAUGCUCCAAAGUCUACAAAAAUAACAUUUGACAGCUCUGAUGAUGAAGACUAAAUGCUGGUGGCUUACAUUUAUUUUUGGUCGGAUGAAUAUGCGAAAGCGGUUAUUUAUUGUUUUUUGGGGCUUGUUAUUUAUUUCUUUAAAAAGGAGGUAAGAAAAUUAUUGGAGUUAAAAGUAGAUUAGCUAGUCCAUUUUUGUUGUAUCAUGUAGCUGUCGGUAAUUGGGAGCUUUUAUUCUUUUUCUAUAAUUCAAGAUGAUAAUUUAAUUACAUCUUAAGACCCUAUGAAUGAUUUAAAGUUUUAUAAAAUAUUUGAGGUUUUAGAGUUUUGAUUGAUUGAA